CUUGUGUUGAAAAUAAACAAUAUAGCGUCUUUUUGUCUUCCUGUCGUCUUUCUGCGGUGCCCUUUAAGCGCGCAAAAAACCUGUGUAGAAUUCACGCCUGAAAAACCAUAUAUGCCCCCUUCCUCAAAUCUUGCCCUGGAGGUCCAAUGCUCUGCAGAGUUUAGCUCCAACCCUGAUCAAAGUCACCUGCCUGUGACACGUAGUGAAAUAUGGAACUACUUCGGAUUUUUACCUGAUGAGACUGGAAAACCUAUUGAUGACGGAAAACCAAUCUGCCGUGAAUGCCUACAGAGAAUUCAAGCUAAAGGGGGAAACACCAGCAACCUCAUUAAGCAUCUUUGGACACAUCCCUCAUCUUUUGCAGAGUACACAAAGAAUCAGAACCAUGCUGCCCUAACUGGUGCCCAAAGCCACACAGUUAACCCUGCCACCAGCAAGUCGCAGCCCACCAUCGAUAGCCUCUUUGAGAAAUCCAAAGCAACAUCCAAAGAAGCAGCUGUUCUAAACAGAGCUGUGGCCGAAUUAAUUUGUCUAGACCAAAGAGCAGUAUAUACAGUGGACAGGUUUGAAUUCAAGCAACUAGUUAAGCAAUUUUUCAUGAAUAAUGAAAUACCAAAAAUGUACACAGAAUCUGGAGAGACAAUAAAAGCAGAACUUGAAGGAUCUGGAGUUUAUUCAUGUACUACAGAGCUCUGGACCUGCAGAACAAUGCAGUCCUACAUGGCUGUAACUGCUAAGGGCUGAGUUUCCCAAAAGCUUCGUAAGCCUAAGAAGUUCUGUUUCCCAAAAAGCAUCAUAACUUAAGUAGUACUUGAAAAUCAUCAUAGAUCUACGAGUGCUCUGGAGUAAUCGUGAAGCCCUAAGUGCAUCGUAAGAAGACAGAUUUAUGCAGUCACCUGCAGGACAAUCGGUCUGGUAAUGACUUGCUGACGUGCACAUGACCAGCAAUGUAUUGGACCCGGAAAUAACGUCUCUAUAUUAUAUACUGUAGUACUAUAAUAUAUGUAUAUAAAGUAAAUUAUAAUAUAAUGUAAUAAUAUUGUAUUAUAAUCAUUUUGUAUUAUAGUUAUUAUUUCCGAGUUGUCUAGAACGCAGCAUUAGGUUUACAUUUGAAUAAACGAGCGUGUACUACAAAUACUAGCCAUUCUAUAAGGUGACAUUUCAGCACUUGACAAACGGAUAGCGACUCCUUAAGUAGCAUUUAAAGUACAGCUUCGUGCGACUGUGUUAAGUGCAUUUUUGGGAAAUGCACGUGGAACAAUAACGAACUAUUGUAAAAUGACGGUAAGUAGUAAGAUCAAUCGUAAACCCGGCCCGGUUCACAACAAAGGAUUGGCAAAUGCAGUCAUGGUGCCUGGGCUGUGCAGAACUUAAUAGUGACCACACCACAGAGAGCCUAAGCCAGGCCUUCUCUGAGAUGUUGGAAGAGCAAUGGGGGCUCAAUUUACGUGACAUGGCAGGAAUUACUGACAAUGCUUCAAAUAACAUCAAGGCCUUCUCUGAUUGUAACUGGAUUCCAUGCUUUGGGUAUAAUCUUGACUUGGCAGUUCACAAGGGCCUCAAUGUUGAUCAUGUAGGCAAUACCUUGUCUCUGCUUAGAAGAACGGUCUCUGCUUUUUUACGAUCCGCCAAGCUGACAAGACAGUUAAAGUCAAAGCAGGCUGACCUUGGUGUACCACAACACAAACUGAUACAUGACGAACCUACCCAUUGGGGGUCAGCAUAUGACAUGGUGGAACGCUUUUUAGAACAGCAGCAAGCUGUUUGUGUUGUAUUAGCUGAUAACAGAAACAAGUGGCACCUCAUGCCUAAAGACCUGGAUGUUACUACAAUGGAAGCACUGAAAAAUGUGCUUGGACCUCGAAGGGAAUUUACUGAUGCACUAAGUGGAGAGCAGCGCCCCACAGUUUCCUCAGUCCUGCCUCUGCUUUGGAAAACUGAAUCAGUUUUGAUAGUGUCUGCCUCUGACAGCCAACUAAGUAAGGAUUGCAUAAGGUCUGAUCUGCAAAACCGAUACAAUCAGAAAGAGAUACAAACAACGGUUGUAAUUUUUAGACCCGAGAUAGCAAGAGAUGACCCACUCAAAUGAUGGAGGCAAAAUGAGGGAAGCUUUCCAGUCCUAUCGAUGUUCGCAAAAAGAUACCUGUGCAUAUCUGCCACGAGUUGUGCAUCAGAACGCAUUUUUAGUUUAUCAGGCAACAUAUGUACACCUCUCCGUUCAAGGCUGACCUCACAUCAUUUUGAUAUGCUGGUGUUUCUUGGCAAAAGCCACCAGCAUUUAUUUACUCAGAAACAGUAGAAUGUUCUAAUGUUCUCUAAUAAACUUUUCAGACGAAUAUAUGAAUUAUUCUUAUUUUUCUUCUUCAAUUUCAUUCUUCACUGAAAUCCAAGUUUUAUGACUUUGCUUAUCCAAAUUCAUGCGGUGUUUAUACUUAGUACACUGAGAAGAGUUUCAAUUUGCAUGACUUCAUUACUGUACAGAUGGAGUACAUGCAUGGCACAUUUUUAUUAGUUGCUUCAUGACUGUUCUCGAGUUUUUCAAAGAGCCAGUUAUUCAUUAUCAUUAAAAAAAUGAGGACGUGAGGACAAUUUGGUCUGUUUUCAUUUAUAUCUUAGUAUUUCUGACAUUUUGCUUCAUUUUGUAGAUCUGAAUUUUGAAUUAAUACAAUAUGGCAUGGUAUCGUGAUACUACUAGGUAUCAUGAUACUUUAGCUGGUUUAGUAUCGUAACAUUUGUUUAUGGUAUCGUGACAACCCUAGUACCAAGUUGGUACUGAACUUCCGUAAUUGCUGUGAUAUUAGCUUUUUAGUUACAGUUUAUGGUUGCUUUGAAAUGCCCCAGUGCAUAUUUGUGUGCACUCACUUUCAGAGCCGGACAGUAACGGAGUACAUUUACUUGAGUACAGUACUUAAGUACAAUUUUGAGGGAUCUGUACUUUACUCGAGUAUCAUUUUUGGGGAGUACUCAUG